UUUGGUUACUCAUUGCUUGUUCAUUGAUUUGCAUUUUACGAAAAAUGCACUAAAAAUUGUGUUAAAAAACCUAUCCAUCAAUCACUGUUAGGCUACACUUUUACGAUUCGAGUUUUCCUGUCCUCGGUAUAAAUAAAUAGCUUAAAAACAGCAUCAAUGGAAACCCCGCUGAAGAGUAAAAUUUUAGCUAAACUUCUGCAAGGUGACGGGAUGCAAACCCCGGUGGCCAGCAACUCCACCGGUGGCGAUCGGCAGAGUAGACACCCUACCAGCGUUACCAAGCUUGCGGCUUCGCCGUUCCUGAAAACUCUGGGCUUCGGUACAGGUGUUGAAGUGCUCAGAAUUAAACGGGCCCCGUCGAAGAACUGCAACAAAUCACCAUGGGCCAUAAAAAUGCUCUCGCGACGGAACACACCGGAAGGCGCCAAACUGUUCGGUCAGCGUCUUACCGACGAGGCCACCAUUCUCAGGCAAUUGGACCACCCGAACAUCGUCGGCUACCGGGGCUUCGAUUCGCUGGAUGCCGGUCAGGAAUACAUCGCUAUGGAAUACUGCAACACGUCACUGGGCGAUCUGCUGGAGCAGCGAUAUGAGCAAAAGCUCGGUCCACUGGAGGCACCGAAGGUAAAACGCAUGGCCCUGGACACACUGAACGCGUUGAAUUACCUCCACACCGAGGCCCUCAUCCUACAUGGCGAUCUCAAGUCUUUCAACAUUCUGGUUAAAGAUGAUUUUGAGGUGUGCAAGCUGUGUGAUUUUGGUGUCAGUCUGCCACUCAAUAAGGAAGGCUAUUUGGAUACGGAGAAGAAAAAGGACGCCCAAUAUGUGGGAACGGGUAUCUGGUCUGCGCCGGAGGUCCUCGAAGAGGACGUGUCGUUAAUAAGUUCCAAAGCGGAUAUAUUCAGCUUUGGACUGGUGAUAUACGAGACCAUUGCCUUGCUGCCGCCACAUACUUUCCCCGGUAUGAAGGACGAAAGCAUUGCUAGUUCGGCCGAUUACGCGGUGAUGAAAUCGAUUAUUCGGGGCAGCACGGACAACCAACCGCUGCCGACCAAUCGAAAGUUGGACGUCAGUGAAGUGAUUGUACUGGACGAUGAGUCGGAAAACGAGAAAAGCGUGUCCGUAAAGGAGUCUGGAAGGAAGCGGAAACUUAGUAGUGAGAAACCGGAAGCGCACCCAUCGAAGCGGUCAGCUUCGGAACCGGAUUCAACAACGGCGGACAGUACGAUUAUCUCGAUCACAGACGACAGCCUACAGGGAGGCGAUACCAGCGUUAUUACGCUGGAAGAUGAAGACGAAGACGGUGAGGAGGACGAAGAAGAAUACGGCGAGGAAGAGGACGAACUGGAAAAGGGUGAGGAAGGCGACUACCUUGACUAUGGCUGUCUGGGAACUCGGCCUGCCAUUCCGGAGGGUUUGAAUCUACCGGAGGAGUACAAUUUUAUACUGGAAGUAUUUUUCGUGUGCACACAGGAGGACUACGAGGCACGGCCUUCGGCGAAAACUUUGCUCGACGCCUGGCAGAAGCGAGCGGAGGCGGUUGGAGAGUUGCCCGUUAGCGAGUCCAACGGCGGGAAAACGGAAACGGCUGCCGAACCGGAGGCAGCGAAACCGGACGAUAAAUCUUAAUUUGUUGUUUUUGCACUGAUUGUAGUUUGCAAAAAAAGAAUUCCAAAAACAAAACUAUCUUUAACGCAUCUUUGAAAUAGUGGAGAAAUAGUAUAUUUGAACUGUUCUUGACACUACAACUACUACA